AUGGCUUCAAGACCCCCGACCUGCGCGUUCUCAACAGAUCUGUGGGUUGAUCAAGAUCCUCUUCUUCACCCGACGCUACCAGCCGCCUCUAACGUGCAUCGAUGCGCAGUUCUGGAAUGGGCGGCUCGGCUUCUAUCACACCCGCACAAGGGUUUCUAUUUUUGGAUAGAAACUGUUCGUGGCAUUUUAAAGCAUUUGUCUAUACCCCAUGUUGCGCUUGCAUCGCAUAGCGCGGGAACAAUUUACCCGCACAAUACCGUGUUACUGGUAUUAUCCAUCCACAACGACCCUUUGCUGCAUUUUUGGCACUCUCGAGUGCCUUUAAUGCAGCUUGCUCAAAUGCUUCCCAAGCAAUCAUUCAGUCCCUGGAGCGAAAUAUCCCGCUUUUUCAUUCUUAAAGGUGCCCCUCUACUGUUAUCCAGCAGUGUUGCUAUAGAUAAACUUCGCUCUCUUUGGCCUGGUACCAACAACGCACCUUCAUUUUCUUUGCGGGAACGGCAAAAGAAAAACGGAGUCUCAACCAAUACCCAAAUUGAAAUUGAAGAAUGCAUACUACGAGUCAUCUUCAAAGAAAGCGUUAUAGCGGCGAAUGCCGAAGCAUUGAUCUGCAUCAAAAAGCGGCCCCCGGGCGCUUGGGGGAAAUGUGAGGAUUACGAUGAAUUUAGAGCGAUGUCAUGGUUGGAAAGCAAGGCCAUGCUUACUUUGAAGAGUGCUGGGAAAGAAAGAAAGGGGUUUGGUGACGUGGUGGAAUUUGAAUCAGCCAUUGUCCAAGAUACAGAUCAUGAGAGCGUAUUAUCGUCGGUUGAUGCUCUCGAGGGAAUUCUCUGUGAGGUCGGGUACUCACUCAUUCCAAAAGGACAUCGGCCGAAGAUAGCAUUUAUAAAAUAA